CAGAACUUGUUUUGUUUGUGUUUGCUUCCACACGAUUUUGGCGUCCAGUACAUUUCCAUUAGGUGCAUCUUCCAACUCAUCCACAUCUGGUCUUCAUCUUCGAAUAGCAUGCAUGCCACUGCGGCUGCUUACAAUGAACAUGAUGAUGAUAACGAUGAUGAUGGCGAAAAUGCAGCCGUCUCUGAUGGUGAUGAUGUUGUUCCCUGUCGUUCUUACCAUCAAGCUUAUUUGAAUAUAUUGAAUGAGAAGACGUGUUUCUAUAAAUUGGCAGGGGGCAGUGUAUGGAUGACGAUGCUGAGAGCAAUGGUGGAUGGUGAGUCAACUGGCUCGCUGAAGAUGGUUGAGUUGUUCAACGACAUCCACCAACACGCACCUCACUCACACAUCUGUGAGGAGGUCAUCACGGAAGGAAUGCUUUCCAGAUGUCAGAAUGAAAAGGUUACUGCCACAAUGCAAUUCUUGAGUUUUUGGCAAAAGUUAAAAGAAAUGGACACAUUAAUAACCAGAAAGAAAACAUAUGAAAAGGCAAUUGUGAUUAUGUUGGACGAUCUGGACAGUGACAACCAAGUUUAUUCAUCAUUGGCCAAGUCGUGGUUGAUCUCAUGUGUCAAGGUCAAUGAACUCUCGAACAUUAUUGAACCUGUACUGAAGGUUUUGUUGCACCCUGACACUGCAAGAAUAUCAGUCCAGCAGCUCGAGAAAUCAUCUUCAAUGCAACCAAACAAGUCACUGGCAACAUCUUCUCAACUUCUCAUUCAACAGUCUGACCAGCAAGAGCAGAACGAGCAGAAGGUGGUCGCAGUGAGUAACGAGGGAGGAAACAUCAUGUACCACGUUGACAGCAGCAACAGGUUCAAACCUCCCAAGGUUGUUUCGUCAUUUGAAGAUUGUCCUGCCCUAGCCCUCACUACCCUCUCUGACAAAGGCUCCUCCACUCGCAAGGCAGCCAUCCUGCUGGACAACUACCUUUCUACAAACCGUCCAAUGCCGUCGAACGUCACUUUGAGAGUCAAUCCGUUUGGUUCUUCGGCUGUCUCCGACGAUGAAGAUGAUGACCUCGUCUACGGAAUGCCGAAAGAGAAAUCAUCCAAUGAUAAAAUGGCCGGCAAUGUCUCUUCUAUUGCAAAGUCAGCUAUAAGGCUGGAUAAGGAAACGUGUUUGAAAGAAAAAAUUAUAUUUGAAGAUGAGAAGCAUGGUGCCACUAAUGAUCACCAAGAAAGCGUUGAUUUCAAUGGGACUGAUCAGAAUAAUUUUAGUUCCGAACACAACAACCUGACUAUAACUUCCAUCAAGGAAAAUGAUGUAGAUGAUUCCAGUUCAAACGAUAAAAGCGGUGAUGGUCUUGAAGAUGGCAGUAACAAAGUUGAAUCGUCAUCUGGUGAUGAGGUAGCAAUUGAAAUUAUAAACAACAUAAUUGAAGAAUUAUUUGAUGAUGGCCUCAAGGAGGAGUUGAAAGAAAUGGGUGGUCUAUGUGAUUUUACUGAAUUCGUUGGUUACAACGCCAAUGACUGCAUCGGUGUUAAUGACAACACCAACAACAUCAAUGACAUUAACCACAAUGUCAAUAACACUAAUGAUGACGUUGAAGAAGAAACCAAUCUCGAUGACGAUGCCAAAGUUUUGAAGAAACGUUUUGAACGAUUUGGUAGUCUUGAACUGAACAAGACUUACAACGCUAACAGCAACAGAAUUAAUUCGCUUAGGUCUUUUGUCCUUCUGUACAUUCGUCAUUAUGACUCUGCUAGAAUUCUUUACGUUUUAAAGUUGUUGAAAAGUUUGAUUCUGACCGAUACUAGGCUGGUUAUUCAGUCUCUAAUGAACAUCACUCACUUCAGCGUCAACAGAAACAAAAUGGAACAGAACAUCAUUCUUGACCUCUUUCUGAGACACAAGCAGAGCAUUCUAGGACAUGAAUUUCACGCUCCCCUGCCUUAUGAUGUGCUGGAUAACCACGCCAACAACAGUAACUACUUGGAAUUAGUUAUCUCCAUCUUAUUGUAUUUUGUCAGAAGUUAUUAUCCAUGCAAGAGCAUUGAGGCUGACAACUUGCCUGAUAAGACAAGAGAUGUGGAUACUACUUUGCAAAAUAACAAACAGAAAAACACGAGCGUAGAUAAUGUUAAUGAGGCAGCUAACAACAAAUCAAAAUUGAUGAUGGUCGAUAUGAUGAAUGCCAAUAAGGAAGUUCACAUCAACUGUUGCUUGCUAUUGAAAACGAUCUUCCAUGAGUUGACGAAAAUCAUUGCAAGUGACAUCAAAGCCGCCUUCUCUGUUUCUGAACUACUAAUAAAAAGCAAA